ACUGGGGGCAUAUGUGCCUCAUCUGUCACGAUACAUGGUUACCAAUGCCAGGAGUUCGAUGUGGUCACUCAGGAUGGGUACAUACUAAACGUGCUAAGAAUACCAGAAGGCCGAGCUGAGGGUGGCGGCGGUGGCAAUAAGCAGCCAAUCCUAAUACAGCACGGCGUCCUCGUGGACGGGAUGAUAUGGCUGCUGAACCCGCCGGAGCAGGACCUGCCCUUGAUUCUGGCCGAUAACGGGUUCGAUGUGUGGAUGGCCAACAGCCGAGGCACCCGGUUCAGCAGGCGCCACACUUCCUUGGACCCCGCCAACCCCGAUUUCUGGAAUUGGUCAUGGGACGAAUUGGCGGCCUUCGAUAUACCAGCCGUGUUCGAAUUCAUCCACGGGCAAACUGGGAAGAAGAUCGAUUACGUCGGCCACUCAUUGGGAACUUUGACAGGUUUGGCAUCCAUAUCAGAAGGGAGACUUGUGGACAAGCUGCGAUCGGUGGCUCUGUUGGGCCCCGUCACUUAUCUAAGCCAUAUGACCACCCCCCUCGGCGUCGUCUUGGCGAAAAACUCUGUCGACCAGAUCGCCAUGUCGCUGGGACUGGCCGAGUUCAAUCUAGGAGCCAAGCCCUUGGCCGACCUUGUCCAGGAUUUUUGCCAUUUUCCUGGCGUUGAUUGCUUCAAUUUACUAGCUGCAUUUACCGGCUCAAACUGCUGUCUCAAUGAUUCCACCAUCAAUCUCUUCUUGAAGAAUGAACCGCAAUCGUCGUCCGUCAAGAACAUGGUCCAUUUGGGUCAAUUGUUUCGCGGUGGCGUGUUGGCGAAGUACGACUACGGGAAUGCCAGCUCCAAUGCGGCGCACUACGGGGACGCGAGGCCGCUGGUCUACAACCUCUCCAACAUCCCCCGCGACCUCCCUAUCUUUCUCAGCUAUGGAGGCCAGGACGCGCUCUCCGACAAGAGGGACGUCCAGCAGCAGCUCGAGAGCUUGAAGCUCCACGACGCCGGCAAGCUCACCGUCCAGUUCAUCGAAGAUUACGCUCACGCGGAUUUCGUAAUGGGAGUGAAUGCCAAGGACAUUGUGUUUGGUCCAUUGUUGUCUUUCUUCAAAAACCAGCAGUAA